AUGGCACAACCCACGAUGGUCGAAGAUCCCAAUCCCGGUAACGCACGCAAGCAAAAGGAAGACACGCCAACCAUGUCGGCCAGCGAAAUGUCUUCACUUUCCUUCCAUCCAUUCCCGAAACUCCCACCCGAACUCCGACUGAAGAUUUGGAAAUCGGCCUGUUUCCCUUUCACCCCCAGCGAACACGGCCUACACUACGUCAACUUGGUAAGCCUCACGGACAACGAGCUACCUGAGGACGAGCGUAUAUAUGGGACACCAAUGGAGGUGAUAGCGCUUCUUCCCGAUCUCCAGACCUCGCCCAAACCUCAGGAGUUUGUCGGACGCGCCAACAGAUCUGCCUACAUGUGGGACGCUGGUCUCUGGAACGCAUGCAGAGAGUCGAGGGGAGUUAUUGCCGCGCACUUUCGGCUGCACAUCUCGCGUAGGCAAAAUCCCUCUCUUCCAAUCUGUCUCUUUCUUCGAAACAAGGAGCCUGCAGCGCCCUUGAUGGUCAUGCCCACCCGGGACAUAUUUUGCAUCAAAAACCUCGGCCUACCAUCGUUGCCAUCCAGUUUGGAGGCUGCUCGCCUUAACCUUCUGGGCCUCUUUGGCCAAAGAACUGUCAUCCGGCACUCGUUCAAUCUUGCCCUUGAGUUUGACUCCAGUUGGAAUGACGAGUUCCCCAGCGACUGGUACGAACUGAAAAGAGAGAAUUCACCUCGAGGCUUGUUUACAGUCUGGCUCAAGAGUUGCAGGGAGGGCCGUGGCGAUGCGCCUUGUAUCUACCUGCUCAACAAGGCCGCUCGUCGGGGGCCGAAUUGGGAGGUGAAUGGGAAUACAGUCUUCCACGAUUGCGACGGUGCUUACGUGACAGUUGAAGAUGAUUACGCUGGCUGGCACUCGGCCUUUCCGGAAGAAACUUCAGCUACGCUACGGUUCCUCUACUGUGUUUGGGAGCUUUGGACCGCGGCCUCUUGCGAGGACUGUACUGCCGAGGCGAUAUGUGAACUCUGUCACAAUUACCCCGAUUUCGAUCUGACCAAGCAUGUCAAAGUUCUCAUUCGUCACGAACAGGAAGCUGGUGAGGAGGAACAAGAGGAUGAAUCGGUUGACGCGAACGACGACAACGAGGAUGAAGUUAAGUAA